AUGGCAUCAUCACUUCAGGAUCAUUUCCUUGUGCAAAGGGAGAUCCAACAACUCGAGAAUGAUGAUGAUCAACGAAAAAACCUCGUCAAAUUAUCGAUUUUAAAAAUGUUUCAUCUAUCCAAAUCAAUCAACAAAGACCCAUCACAUACGGUUGAUAACACCACUUCUGCAAGCACAUCACGAAUUGAAGAGUUAACAAAGAAGAAUCACGAUUAUGAGUUGACUAUCAACAAAUUAAAACAGCUGCAUACAACUAAAGAAAAAUUACAAGAAUCCAAACUAGAAUCGUUGAGAGAAGAGGUCUGGAAACUAAAACAACAGCUUAAAGAUCAGCCACGUAACAACUUACAAGUGCCAACAUUGAGCCAUUUUCAACCGAACUUGGAAGCUGGCUCGUCGUGUCCAUCCAGUGCAUUUUCUACUUCUCCGUAUGUCAAUAAAAUAAUGUUCAAUCAAGGAAAUGGAGGGCUUGCGAAGAAUUAUUUAUCGCCAACUUUUAACUCCAUAAAUAAGUCAGUUUUCGUACCAGACUUCAAGUCAAGUAUUUUAUCACCUAUACAGCACAAGAGAAAGGUUUUAAUUCCAACAAAGGCAAAACGGGAAUAUACUAAUUAUAACUCCAUGAAGAAACAAUUUGAGCAAAAUGGGCAAUUACCGCAGAAAGAAAACACGGUCGAGCCUGAGACUCCUAAUAAGCGAGUAACUAGGGCUGCCUUGAAGAAGGUCUCUUCUCCCGCUCCUGCCCCCACUCCCACCAGACAUUCACCCAACAGCACGAAUCGCUCGUCAGCUUCACCUUCUUUGGAAACCGCCGAUAUCACCCCCACCAGAUUACCCAAUAAUGGCAAACUAUUUGACGAUAAAAUGCGGUCGUUGGAUGAAGUUAUCAACAAGUCUUUCACAAGUGCAAAUACCAGUGAAGCUGAAAAUGAUACCCCGGAUGCGAACUCAACCACUAUAGACAGUACAACCUCUAGGGCUACAGCUGGUAGGGGACCUCAUAUGUCAGAUGACGAAACGUUUGCUAGUGCCAAUUCGUCCCUAGCAAAGUCGUCUGAGAAAAAGGACAAAAAGAAGAAAAAAUUAAGGCUUUGGAAGUCUGAAGUGUCGAAGGUAUCGAUAUCGUCUCCAAACGACAAAACUUUAAAGAACCGAAACAACGGCCUACAUCUCGAGGAUGAAGGCUUGAACACAUUGAACUACUAUCAGGACGAGAACUUUCUUAAUGACAAUAACGACACUCCCAAGGUGUCUAGAAAAAGAAAAAAUGACGAAACUGAAACAACUCCUCUCACUUUUAAGAAAAAGAAGAAGAACGUUUUCAAAAUUGAUUAG